CAAGAAACCACAGGGCCUAUCUGCCUGUCGUCAUCAAGCAGACUAGAAUAGUGCAGAAAACCCUAGGCAGAGAGGAAAUGAACUUGAGAGAAGGGGGAACGCGGGCGGAGAAGAGAGAGGAGAGGAGGAGGGCCAGAGCCACAGCAGGAUUGCAGGAGGCCCUCUGGGAUGGUCAGCAUGGAGGAGGUGGCUGUGAAGCAGGGCUCUCUGCAUCUCCAGCAGCAGCAGACUUUCGGCAAGAAGUGGCGCCGUUUCUCGGCUGUGCUGUAUGGAGAGUCAGGCUGCGCCUUGGCCCGGCUGGAGCUGCAUGAGGGCCCAGAAAAGUUGCGCCGAGGAGAGGCUGCCCGGAAGGUCAUCCGCCUCAGUGACUGCCUGCGGGUGGCCGAGGGGGGCGGGGAGGCCAGCAGUCCCCGGGACACCAGUGCCUUUGUCUUGGAGACCAAGGAGCGUCCAUACCUGCUGGCAGCACCCAGUGCAGAGCGAGAUGACUGGAUGCAGGCCAUCUGCCUCCUGGCCUUCCCUGGGCAGAGGAAGGAGUCCUUGGGGCCUGAGGAAAAGGGCAGCUGGCCCUGCAUGGAGAAUGACCUGUAUAGCAGCUCAGCCGCAGGGGUCCUCCACAAGGAAUUCAUCGUGACUGUGAGACCCACAGAGGCCAGUGAGCGGUGCAGGCUCCGGGGAGCCUAUACUCUCCGAACUGGGGUGAGCGCCCUGGAGCUUUGGGGUGGCCCCGAGCCAGGCACCCAGCUGUAUGACUGGCCCUACAGGUUUCUUCGGCGCUUUGGGCGGGACAAGGUGACCUUCUCGUUCGAGGCUGGCCGGCGCUGUGUCUCUGGAGAGGGCAAUUUUGAGUUUGAGACCCGGCAAGGAAACGAAAUCUUCCUGGCCCUUGAAGAUGCCAUUGCUGCCCAGAAGAAUGCAGCCCCUCCCGGGCCGCCGCUUGUACAGGCUACAGCGCCCGCAGUGCCCAUGGAGCCGCCCCAGCCUGAGAGCCCCUACUCCCAGCCCCAUGACUCCCUCCCACCGCAGCCUUUGGCCAGCACACGGGCACCUGCCAGCUCACGGGCCCCUGAGGGCGAGUAUGCCGUGCCCUUUGAUGCAGUGGCCCACUCGCUGACUAAGAGCUUGCCGGGCAUCCUGGCAGGCCCUUCCCCACUCCGGGGAGACCCUUUGUAUGACAGCAUCCAGGAGCCCUCAGCCCCUGCACCUGACCACAUAUAUGAUGAGCCUGAGGGCAUGGCCACCCUGUCCUUGUAUGACACCCCACAGGAGUCCUGGGGGCAGGCAUGGAGGAGGAAGGCCACAGCAGAUGGAGGCCCCAGUAGCUCUCAGAAGGACUUUUCUGCUUUGGGCUGGCCACAGGGGACUGAGUAUGACAAUGUUGUACUUAAGAAGGGCCCAAAAUGAAGGGUGCACUGAGAGAGAAGUGUGGCUUUGUUGAAGUGUACUCCAGGAAGGGGGUCAGAAGCCAGGGAGGAAGAGGGCCCCCUCUGGUAACGUCUGCUGGUGAGUCUUCUGGCCCCUGCAGAGGACCCCUCCCUCUGCCUCUUCCAGAGCCAGGCUUUUUAGCCCAUGGAUUGUCCCUCCCAAACCCCUCUGGGUGAAUCACCAGCCCAGAACAGGAAGAG